GACAGUUUGACCUUCAAGUGCUCGCAACCUCCAACAGUGGACGAGACCACUGAAGCGUUGCCGUCUACGUACGAUUAGUACAAAACAACGUUAUAGCUAACUAUUAUAGGCGGACUUCUGAACUAUACGGUUUAUUAGUACGUUAAGCUUUAUUAAAAACUAACUACACUUGUUAAUACUGAGAAAACAGAUAAUUUGGUGUUAAUUUUCAGGAAAGUGGAAUACCAUGAUUUAUAAGCAACCAACUCUCAACCCAGUAUUGUGUUUCGCCCAUUCCGUCGAGCCUUGAGAUGCUCCGUGGUACUCCAUUCAAUGUAUUUCAUCCAAGCGGUCUACACUGCUUAAGUAUUGAUGUUAAUAUUAUUACGUGUUCUGAAGAUUGCUGUGUGUUGUGACUUUCAACCGCUAAGUUUCAGGUUUUAGCCUUGGUAUGCCUACCUCGUGGUAUAACGUGGCUCAAACCUAAUUACGCAAGCGUGCAUCUAGUUGCUUAGCAAAAUAUAACUGUUUCUUAUCGUUCGCGAGACACUGGACAUUUACUCAUGCAUAAAUUUUCUAGCUUUGAUUCUUUUCUAGGUUGUUGGUACUUUUUUUGUCAGUCGCGUAUUCAAAUGGUUUCGUGGAUAGAUAAAUAUAAAAUCCUACAGAGUGAUUCGUUCCUUGGACGUGUUGCUUUGUUAUCUUUAGUUGUGCAAAAUGCCGCUGUUGUUCUUGUGACUCGAUAUUCUCGUGCUAGAGAAGGAGACUUGUAUUUUCCUACAACAGCAGUGGUGAUGAGUGAAUUUGUGAAACUUUUAGUUUGUUUUCUACUUGUUUUUUUCGAAGAGAGAUGUUGUUUUGCCUCUUGUAUACACAGUUUAUGGGAAAAUAUAUUGAAAGAUCCAAAGGAUUGUCUUUUGGUAUCCGUCCCCGGAAUGAUCUACACAAUUCAAAACAACUUACUGUUCGUUGGUUAUUCAAAUUUAGAUGCUGUUUCCUUUCAGAUAUCAUACCAAUUAAAGAUUUUCACAACGGCAAUCUUCUUUAGAAUAAUUUUAUCGAAACAUUUAAGUCGGAUACAAUGGUGCUCCUUAGGUGUUCUGUUCGCCGGUGUUGUAUUAACACAACUAAGUGAUGUAGUCAAUUCCAGUACUGAAAAAACUACAAAUAUUGCAGAAAAUAAUAAUCUACUUGUCGGUCUUUCUUCUGUUAUAUUGGCUUGUAGUUGUUCGGGUUUUGCUGGUGUUUUCUUUGAGAAAUUAUUAAAGGGUAGUCAUAAAAGUGUAGCUAUACGUAAUAUACAGUUGGCAUUCUACGGUGUUACAGCUGGUAUCCUGACCGUCUAUUUGAAAGAUGGUAAAGAAAUUGCUAGUAAAGGUUUCUUUUUUGGCUACGACUCUGUUGUAUGGGCAGCAAUAUUAAUUCAAUCAUUAGGUGGUUUGCUGAUCGCUGCAACUAUUCGGUAUGCUGAUAAUAUACGCAAAGGAUUUGCCACAUCACUGGCUAUUGUGCUUACUUUUAUUUUAUCAAUAUUCUGGUUUGAUUUUAAUCCGACAAUAUUAUUUUAUGUUGGUGCUAUCUUUGUGGUUGUUGCUACUAUUUUGUAUUCAUCUUACCCGCCUUCAAAUAAUCAUGGUACUAUUAUUAACAAUAAGAUAAGUAGCGUGAAUUCGUCCCAAAAUUUCUUAUCGGAGACGAAUUUCAGACAUAAGUUAUCUGUCUAGUUGUUUCGAUUUUUGCUAUUGAGUCUUUGGUAAGUGUGAUUUAAUUUUUGCGUUCGUCUGCCUUCUACAAUUUGUCAAAAUACGUUGCUGUUGGUUGUAAAGUACUCCGAAUACUUGGAUUUUUAGGACGCUAACUUUGCGAUACUUCUGUUCAUUUUGUUCUUGCGCAUUUUUCCCACUUGUCUGUGAUAGUGACGAUGUAGAAUCUAGCUACUUUUAUUUUGUUUUUUGUAUUGAAAAAGAUUGUCUCUUUCAAAAAAUUCAGAUUUUCCUCUUCUUUUUGGAAAUAAAAGUUUUCUUUUGCCAAUUAUUAGCUUUAAAUAAGCGUUGUUAAAAUGCACUAAUUUCAUUUGA